UAACCAUCGAAGCGUGAAUGAAGACGCGUUUUACGAGCCCUCUCUGGAUCAACUUGGACUUUUUCUUCUUUCCGAACAAACACGAUGUGACCAUCAUGUAGAUUGGGACUGUUUUAUCCUCCAGGACGGAAUUCGGAGUACCUUAAUUAAAGAGCCGAAGAAGAAGAGGAUCUGAAGAAUGGGCAAACUUCAAUCCAAACACGCCUGCAAGCGCAGAGAAAACCCCGAAGGAGACAGUUUUGUGGUGAACGCCUUCCUCCGGAGAGGGAUGGAGGAAUGUGAGAGGUUCAACACGUCGGAUCACAAGCUGAAAAACAUGCAGGAGUUUCCCAACGGUGAUCUGAAGGAAGGACAACUCGCAGACCAACACUGUCCCCUGGAGGUGGUUCUCCCCCCGGAGAAGGCCGAGCGCUGUGAAAGCUAUCUGCAGCGUUUACACCUGGAGGACGGCGAGAAGGAGGCACUCAGAGAGACCACCAAAGCUUCGGGAAAGAAACGCAUCAGCCUCGAUGACGUGGAGUGUGGCGUUUCUGUGGAGGACGACAACCGUCAAGAGUGGAUCUUCACUCUGUACGACUUCGACAACAGCGGCAGAGUUACCAAAGAAGACAUGUCGAGUUUGAUGCACACCAUCUACGACGUGGUGGACGCGUCUGUCAAUCACUCCUGCCACAACAAAAACAAGACUCUGCGUGUGAAGCUGACCGUCACUCCAGAGCCGAGGGGCCACAAAGGAGCAGAGGAGGGACGGUCCUCCGACAAGCGGCUGUCCUACUUCAGCAAUAAGGGGCAGAGCAACGAGCCGCCGCCUGCCACCGAGGGUCAGCAUUACUGCGUGGACGAGAACACAGAGAGGAGGAAUCACUACCUGGACCUGGCUGGUAUCGAGAACUACACCUCCAGAUUUGAAGGAACCACCCCCGUCUUCCCCCCUCAGGAGACCAAUGGUCGGAGUUCACAUAGCCAGAGUCGCUCGCACUCCCAGGAACCAGAAGCCCAUGCUGUUCACCAGCGCCGCUCACAGGUCAUCAGCGACAGCUACAACGCUGUAGAGGGACGAAGCAAGGGUCCGCAUUCCUUCAAAUCCCCCAAAGGAACCUACAAAGGGAGUGGAGGGAAUAAUGGGGGCAGUGGAGGGGGUAGGUCCACUAAAUGCCACAGUUACAACCCUCCUCUGCAAACGGUCCUGCACAGCAGCAGCGCUGCAGGCCACGGAGGUCAGGAUGUGUACCACCUGCCGCACCAAGCGCAGCCCUCCAGCCACCACCAGCACCCUCUGCAGUACAGCCACAGCAAGCGGCUGAAGGCCAGAGCUCGCGAGUCCCUGUCUCCGUCGAAAACGCCCCACCUGCCUCAGUCCCACCCCCACCAACAGCCCCCAGUGCCCUCCGUACUGCCGAGCGUGGAGAGAGAACAGGCGUCGGGGCCGCCAGGGAGCCCUGGGUUUGCGGUUCCGGUGGUACAGCGCCACGAGCAUCACCAUCACCACGAACACCACCACCAUCACCACUAUCACCACUACCACCAGACAUGACGCCCCUCAGCGUGCAGUGACCAAAACUGUACAGGACCCACCACAACCAACCCGUCUGAAGGACUUAUUCGCCCAACGGGAACAUCUCAGACCAGGAACUUUAAAACCUCGUGUUAAUUCCACAAACCCAUCCUGAGACAGACGUUAGAACAAAACCUCUACAGUUUGUCACAAUUUUCCAGUGUUUUAUCAUUUUUUAAAUUAAUACUCUGUACACACACUUGUCGGGGGAGUCGGUAGAUAAAAAAAUGAACCAGAUAACUGUCAUGUCUCUUCUCCCUCUUGAAGCUCAGUAAAGUCCUACAAGCUACAGUUGACGUCAGGACAGCUGUUCUGCGUGAGACUUUUCCAAAUCUCUCAGGUGUAAAAGGUGCUGCUGCUCUCCAGCUUUUCACGGAGGCGUCACUUUAUUUAGACGCCUGCUGUGGGCUGAGAGGUCGUUUAUUGUUUGUUUGUUUGUUUGUUUUUGGGCGAGGAGGGGAGGUAUAAAAUCACC